GCCGCGGCGUCUCCCGGGGCAACAGCAAUGGCGGCUUCGCUGUCCGAGCGGCUCUUCUCCUUGGAGCUGCUCGUAGACCGGGUGCGUCUGGAAGCUCGGCUGCUGCCGGCGUCUGCCGUUGCGGGGGAGCAGGGGCAGGAGGACUCCUCGCCCCUGCGCGCCCUGUGCCCCGCCGUGGCCUUCCGCCUGCUGGACUUCCCCACGCUGCUGGUCUACCCCCCGGACGGCCCCGCCGCGCCCGCCCCGGAACCCUGGCCGGGCGUGAUCAGCUUCGGUCGCGGCAAGUCCUGUCUCUUCCGCCUGCACCCUGCCACCCUGCACCGCCUGCUCCUUAGGACGCCGCUUCACACCUUGCUCCUGCAGCUGCCCCCCGGGCGCCCGACCCCCGCCCCGCAGCUCCUGGGUUCGUGCAACAUCUCUCUGGCCGCCGCGGUCCAGAAGGUCGUGGGGCCGGCAGCCUCCAGGUGUUCCCAGGGCCACCGGGGAAGUUUCCCCCUGCAUAACCGAGCUGGGGAGCGGAUUGGGCACAUUAUGCUGGCCUACCGUCUGACUGACCUGGGAAGCGGCUUGCUGGGCCAUCUCGAGCGUCCGGUCACCUUCACCUCCACGGCAGGUGGGGUGAAGCACGAAGAGGUCCUGGAGGCAGUGGAGGUCAGUUUCCAACCCCCGCAGGAGCAACAGCAGCCACAGCAGCCGGCCUCAGAGACAAGCCCAAAGGACACUGACAGGUCUCCAGGCGAGUUAGAAAUCCCAAAGGCACAGAAAGAUUCGAAGAAAAUCAUUUUCCAUAGUAAGGCCAACACUGGCAACUCGGGCUUCUUGGAGAAUGACAAAACCUCCUGUGUUGUUACUUGUCCAAAUGCUAAGGGUGGGAGGUGUUUUAGUCCCCGAGAUGAGGAAGUUACAGAGUUGGACAUUGAAACCAACACAUUUUGUCCUCCUCCUCUGUAUUACACUCACUUGACCCAAGAAAAACCACCUCCUGCACAAGUUAAAAUCACUAUUGAGCCUCAGGUGAAGUUACCCGAGGAGUUGGACGGUGCUUUUCCAGAAAAACAAUGUAUAAAUUCCCCAACACAUAGGAGGUCUCUAAAACAUACAAAUUUUGCAACAGAUGAGGGUCCUCCAGUGCUUGUAAAUCCUCCACUUAUUCAUGAUAUAGGAGCAGUUAAUCAAACUACAUGUCACACUCAAACUGAACAAAAUAGAAUUAAUACAAUAAGGCAGCUGCCUUUGUUAAAUGCUUUGUUGGUUGAGUUGUCCGUGUUAUAUGACCAACCUGUGGCAAGUCCUACUCAUAUACAUCCUCAUUUAGCCUGGUUAUACAGAGCUGAGGAUAAGAAGGGAUCAGAAUCUUUUGCCAAGUCCACAUGUGGGACCGAAUCUAAAGAGAAUAAGCUUUCAGUGGAGGACCAUGAAAAGUCAGUCAGUCCGCAGCAUAAAAAGAAACAAGUUGAAAACCCUCAGAAAGGUAAACAUUUUGAAAAGAGCAGUGGUACCCCUCAAAAAAGAGCUCCAAGGGGUAGGCUACUCUAUGGCUUAACAAAUACACUAAGACUUCGUUUAAAACAAACAAAUCCUGAUAUGUUGGUAGUGCAUGAAAAGAGGGAACAGUACAGAAAGAUGCAAGCACAAAUAUUGGGCACAAAACUCAGAAUUCCAUCAUCCAAAAUUAAAAUACUAAGUUUUACAGAACAAAGUCAGAAGCCACAUCAGCUACCUGAGGAUAAGUAUUUAGAUUCAGAUGUAUCUUUUGCUGAAAAUAGUGAUACCUCAGGGCAAAUUAGUAGAUUUUUUGAUGAGCCCAGCACAACUAAAGAAAUUAAACUGAAAUGUGCAACUGAUAAGAAGAGAAAUGAUUGUGGUAAAAGUAGAACCAGUAAUGGUUCACUGGGGGAAAUUGUGAGUCCUGCACAUUCCACUAUUUCAGAAAUGUUGACCCAUACAAGUGUUUUGGGAGGUGAAGUGGAAGUUCAAAGUCCAAAUGUUUUUCUACAAGAUACUGUUGACAGAGUUUUAGUAGAUGAAGAAAUAGAUAAGGGGCCAGGCAAAACUACAGAUAAUGACAUUCUUACUGCUAAUGAAAAUAAAGCAAGUGGAAAUAGUUGCUAUGAAAACAUCUCAGAACUGAAGUAUUCAGAUGAUUUCACCAGCUCUUGCUGUUCGGAAGAUUUCUGUACCACUGAGGACACCAACAAAAGUUUACAAGCUCAUGAUAGCAGUCCAGGGGCAGAAAAUCCAAAACCUAGUCAAUAUACAAGUACGGCAGGUGAAACAAGAUUGUUCAUAAGGAAAAACAGCAGUGAAAAGAGUUUUAUUCUUAGCCCACCAUUUUCAGCAGGAUCACCAGUACACUCAUACAGAAAAUCUCGUAUUUCAAAGACUCAGGAUAAAAGUUUGGAGGAAGCAUCUUGUAUCUCUACCAGUGAUUUAUCUUCAUCACAGUGGACUGAAGAAAAAGAAAACCAGAUAGACAAAAAUGGUAUGCAUACUUCUAAAGUUAUAAAGAGUGGUCAAGACAUCGCUAUUAAACUUAAAACAAGAACUGGUUGCAAAUCUUUAGAAAAAAGCCAAUCGCUGCAGACAUCACAAGUGAGUUCUUAUCUGCCUUCUAACUUGUCAGAACUAGAACUUAAUGUUCUUGAUAACAGUACAUCAGAUCACUUUGAAGACGAUGACUUUGGUUCACUAAGUAUUUCCAAGCAAUGUAAAGACAUAUGUGAAUUAGUAAUAAAUAAACUUCCAGGGUACACGGUGUAA